UCGAAAUAUAUUUACUCUCUUUUUUUCCCCUCUCUCUCUUUCUUUCGCUGGUAGAAGCCUCUCUCUUUUUUUCUCUCUCUCAUGGACUUCAUCGACCAGGAAAUCAAAUCCAUGGUUCAAUAACUCUUCAAUAACUCUCCGAUUUUCAUAAAAUCAAUCCCUGAUUACACCUAUUCUGUAACCUAAUCUCUAAAAUCCACUCAAAAAACCGCGAAUUAGAAUAGAAUCGGUUUAUUUCAUUCCUCUUUGGCGCUUCAGUUUUUUUUCUGCUUCUGUUUGGUUCCUUCUCGAGGCCUCAACAUAUUUCAAGGUUCGCAUGGUAUUAAUUAGCGAAACCUAAUAUUAGGCCGCGUAUCGAGAAUUUGAAAAGUUUUUCAUCUAAUUUGCGAUUUGCUUUGAAGGUACUUACUAUAUAAAGAGAUUUGAAAGGAUCCAUGUAAUAAGAUGGCCUUGUUCAGGAAUUAUUCUAAUGGAAUGAGUUCACAGAACGAUUAUAAUGAAAGAAGCGAGGACUGCUAUGUUGAGCCAGCUCAUGUUUCAGUAGGGAAUGAAGAUGCUGGUACAAGUUCUAGUGGCAGUGACCAGGAUGUUGAACUAAAUAUAGAUGAUCGGUCCGGGAGCGAGGGCGAGCAAGAUGUUGGAAGUAGGAUAGAAGAUGAGACAACUUCUAUGAGAAUAGAAAACUCUCGGCCGUCUGAAACGAGAACAGCUCAGGUUGGGAAAUGGGGUUCCUCGUUUUGGAAGGACUGUCAACCUCUGGGCCCUCAGGAACGAUCUGAAGCUGCAAGAGAUUCGAAGAACAUGGGUUCUAAUUGUAGAAGCGAGGAUGGAUUUGAUAACUAUGAUUUGAAUGAUGAGGAAGAUAGGCUACAGACAGAAGAUUACGAUGCACAGGCUGAAGCGGAUGAGCUCCAAAGGAGCCAGGCUGAUGUGCCUGCAGAAGAAAUGCUGUCUGAUGAUUAUUAUGAGCAGGAUGGGGAAGAGCCAAGCGAUUCUAUGCAUUAUAGAGGAAUGAAUCGGUCGACCGCUUCUAGUUCAAAGCCUCAGUCUGGAUCUACCUCUGUUAAUAACAACAUGCCUAGGGGUUCUAAGGCUGCUAAGGUCAAGCAAUAUGGCGACGAAGAUGAUGAUUAUGAAGAUGAAGAUGAUGAUGACGAGGAAGAUGAAGAUGAUCCUGAUGAUGUAGAUUUUGAGCCCGAUUUUGGUGGGCUGACGAACAGCCACACGAGGAAUAAGGAUAAGGGAUGGGAUGAUGAUGGUUCUGACGAGGAUGACGAUCAUGAUGAUGAACUUAUCUCAGAUGAAGAUGAUUUGGAUUAUAAUGGGAAAUCUCGGCGUAAAGGACAGAAUAAAGGUGGCUGCAGUAGAAAAGGCAGAGAAAAUAAAUCAGUCUCCGCAAAUACUCGUCCAAAGAGAAAGAAAACCUUUUGGGAAGCUGAGGAUUCAUCUGCAAAGGAGUCUGAUAGUGAUAGUGGUGAUGACUUUAAAACCAAUAAGGGGAGGGCAGCUGCCAAUUUUCGCAAGGCCGGUGGUGGUCGAUCAACCGUGUCGGCAAAUGCCAGAAGCCAAAAUGGUGAGGUUCGCAGUUCAAAUCGGUCAACACGGAAGGUAUCGUAUGCUGAAAGCGAAGAAAGUGAAGAAAUAGAGGAUGGAAAUGCAAAAAAGGCUGGCCUAAAGGAAGAUAUUGAAGAGGAAGACAGUGAUUAUAUUGAAAGGGUACUGUGGCAUCAACCGAAGGGAAUGGCUGAAGAUGCUUUAAAUAGCAAUAAGUCUACCCAGCCAUCUGUAUUGAGCCACUUGUUGGACUCUGAACCAGAUUGGAAUGAAACAGAAUUCUUUAUAAAAUGGAAGGGGCAGUCUUAUUUACACUGCCAGUGGAAAUCAUUUUCAGAGCUCCAAAAUCUUAGUGGGUUCAAAAAGGUCGUGAACUACACCAAAAGAGUGAAGGAGGAAAGGAGAUAUAGAAUAAAUCUGUCUCGAGAAGAGGUCGAGGUUCAUGAUGUGGGCAAGGAAAUGGAGUUAGAUCUUAUCAAGCAAUACAGUCAGGUUGAACGGAUAUUUGCUGAUAGAAUCAAAGGUGGUUCAGAUGAUGUGACUCCAGAGUAUCUGGUCAAGUGGCAGGGACUAUCCUAUGCUGAAGCGACCUGGGAAAGGGACAUAGAUAUUGCUUUUGCUCAGGAUGUCAUUGAUGAGUACAAGGCCAGGGAGGCUGCAAUGACCGUCCAAGGAAAAAUGGUGGAUUUCCAGAGGAAAAAAAGCAGAGAUAGUCUUAGGAAGCUGGAUGAACAACCUGACUGGCUGAAAGGAGGAAAACUUCGCGAUUAUCAGCUUGAGGGGUUGAAUUUUCUUGUUAAUAGUUGGAGAAAUGAUACAAAUGUUAUUCUGGCUGAUGAAAUGGGGCUUGGUAAAACUGUUCAGUCUGUCUCAAUGCUAGGAUUUCUACAGAAUGCGCAACAAAUUCAUGGUCCAUUUCUUGUCGUUGUACCGUUGUCAACUAUGUCUAACUGGGCAAAAGAAUUUAAGAAGUGGCUUCCUGAAAUGAACGUUGUUGUAUAUGUUGGAAAUCGUGCUAGUCGAGAGGUUUGUGAGCAGCAUGAAUUUUACACAAAUAACAAAAGCGGCAGGAGUAUCAAAUUCAAUGCUCUUUUGACAACAUAUGAAGUAGUUUUGAAGGACAAAGCUGUAUUGACCAAAAUUAAGUGGAGCUACCUUAUGGUUGAUGAGGCACACAGGCUGAAAAAUAGUGAAGCUUCUCUUUAUAUAACAUUAUCGGAAUUUAGCACCAAGAACAAGUUACUGAUCACCGGUACUCCUUUACAAAACAGUGUCGAAGAACUAUGGGCCUUGCUUCAUUUCCUUGACCCUGUGAAGUUCAAGAGCAAGGAUGAGUUUUCCGAGAAGUACAAGAACCUGAGCUCUUUUAAUGAACUUGAGCUUGCAAAUCUGCAUAAGGAACUGAGGCCGCACAUUCUGCGAAGAGUUAUUAAGGAUGUUGAGAAGUCCUUGCCUCCAAAAUUCGAACGUAUUCUUCGGGUUGAAAUGUCCCCUCUUCAGAAGCAGUAUUAUAAGUGGAUUUUGGAACGUAACUUUCAUGAUUUGAACAAAGGAGUCCGUGGAAAUCAGGUUUCUCUGUUAAACAUUGUGGUCGAGUUGAAGAAGUGUUGCAAUCAUCCUUUUCUGUUUGAAAGUGCUGAUCAUGGAUAUGGUGGGAACACAAGCAUUAAUGAAAGCAGCAAACUUGAGCGGACCAUUUUAAGCAGUGGGAAAUUGGUAAUACUUGACAAGUUGUUAGUACGCUUGCGUGAGACGAAACAUCGUGUUUUAAUAUUUUCUCAGAUGGUUAGGAUGUUGGAUAUACUAGCAGACUAUUUAUCACUUAGAGGAUUUCAAUUUCAACGACUUGAUGGUAGUACUAGGGCGGACCUUCGUCAUCAGGCAAUGGAACAUUUUAAUGCUCCCGGAAGUUAUGAUUUUUGCUUCCUUCUGUCAACUCGUGCUGGUGGUCUUGGCAUCAAUCUUGCUACUGCAGAUACUGUAAUAAUAUUUGAUUCAGACUGGAAUCCCCAAAAUGAUUUACAGGCUAUGAGUAGAGCUCAUAGAAUUGGUCAACGAGAAGUUGUAAAUAUUUACCGGUUUGUGACCAGUAAAAGCGUCGAGGAAGAUAUUCUGGAACGUGCUAAGAAGAAAAUGGUUCUUGAUCAUCUGGUCAUUCAAAAACUAAAUGCAGAAGGUAGACUUGAGAAGAAAGAAACAAAGAAAGGAGGUUCUUUGUUUGAUAAAAAUGAACUCUCAGCUAUCUUAAGGUUUGGAGCAGAGGAACUAUUUAAGGAAGACAACAAUGACGAAGAAAACAAGAAAAGACUUCUUAGUAUGGAUAUUGACGAGAUUCUUGCAAGAGCAGAGAAGGUUGAAUCUAAAGCAGCUGAAGCGGAAGAAGGGGGGGAGUUAUUAAGCGCUUUUAAGGUUGCGAACUUCGGUAGUACUGAGGAUGACGGAACUUUCUGGAGCCGUUGGAUUCAACCGGAAGCUGUUGAUCAGGCAGAGGAUGCUCUAGCUCCUCGUGCUGCAAGGAAUACCAAGAGUUAUGCGGAGGCUAAUCAACCAGAUAAAAGUACAAAAAGGAAAGGUAGAGAAGUUGAAUCUAAUAGUAGAGUUCCAAAGCGCAGGAAAGGAGAUAUUGCUGUAAACACUCCACCUAUGAUUGACGGGGCAGUAGCUCAAGUGAGGGCAUGGUCAUAUGGGAACAUUUCAAAGAAGGAUGCUGGCCUUUUUGUCCGUGCGGUUAAGAAGUUUGGGAAUCAGAACCAAAUCAGCCUAAUAGUUGCCGAGGUCGGUGGUGCUAUUGGAGCAGCUCCUUCUCGUGCACAGGUUGAGCUGUUUGAAGCUUUAAUUGAUGGUUGUAAAGAAGCGACAAAAGGAGGAAGCUUUGAUACCAAGGGGACGCUUCUGGAUUUCUUUGGUGUUGCUGUAAAAGCGAACGAAUUGCUAGAUCGUGUAAAAGAACUUCAGCUCCUAGCAAAGCGCAUUAAACGAUAUCAAGAUCCAGUUGCGCAAUUCCGACUGCUAAUGCAUUUUAGAGAUCCACAAUGGUCUAAAGGGUGCGGUUGGAAUCAAAUUGAUGACGCAAGGUUGCUUCUUGGUGUACACUACCAUGGCUUUGGGAACUGGGAAAAGAUUAGAUUAGACUCAAAGCUUGGUCUUACUUGGAAAAUUGCCCCAGUAGAACUUGCACAACGUGAAACCUUUUUACCACGUGCUCCUAAUUUGGAUCAACGUGCUUCUGCACUUCUGCGUAAGGAAUUUGCAGCAGCUGGUGGUAAAAGUGCAACGAAACCAAGUCAGAAGGCCGCCAAAAAUGAGGGUGAUAACAUGCUCAAAAUCUCAAAUGCUCGCUUUAAGGAUAUGAAAUCUAAACCUAGUAAGCGAAAUGUCCGAGCAAACAAAGAGCCAGUGCUAAAACAGGCGGCUGUUGAACCUGCUGUCAAAGAGGAGGGUGAAAUGUCAGAUACUGAACUGUAUCAGCAAUUUAAGGAAGAAAAUUGGAUGGAAUGGUGUGCAGAUGUAAUGAUUGAUGUGGAGAGAACCCUCAAACGCUUGGAGAAGUUGCAGCAUACAAGUGCAAAUCUACCGAAGGAAAAGGUGCUUUCCAGGAUUCGGAGUUAUCUACAACUUGUUGGGAGAAAGGUAGACGAGAUUGUUCAGCAGCACGAAUUGAACAAGCAAUCUAGGAUGAUAACAAGACUAUGGAACUAUGUUUCCACCUUUUCAAACCUAUCUGGGGAGAAGCUUCAGCAGAUAUAUUCUAAACUUAAGGAGGAGCAGCAGUCUGAGGCAGGUGUGGGACCAUCCUACCUAAAUGGAUCUGCACCUGAUCACUACCCAAACGAUAGAGAUAAUAGUUCCAUGCAGUAUCCUCCGUACGGCCAGAAUAUUCCAAAUCCAAAAAGGUUUCAGAAGCAUCCACCUCACCGCGCUUCAGAAUCAUUUCAUCGAGACCAGGAAAGUGCGAAGUCAGAAGCAUGGAAGCGAAGAAGAAGAAAUGAUGGAGAUUUGCAUUCUCCCUAUAAACAACCUCCAUUGGAAAACAUUAGGUCAAGGGAACCAAGUGCCGCUCCAGGAAUUCUCGGUUGGGGUCCAUCAGAUAACAGACAUAAGUGAGCCGGCAAAGGGAACACAUUAGAUGCGGUAUAACUUCAGAGUUAUUUCUACUAAGAUACUUAUAUACUCCAUUUGGCGCUUUAUCUAAUGAGGAAACAUUGGGAAAGAAGAUCGUUUCGGCUUUUAACCAGGUGGCAUUUUCCAUCUUUUGCCCCUACUUGUAUACUAGGAAAUUCUUUUUCAUUAAUUGGCGCAAUGGAAUAAAAGCUUUGCAGCUUCCUUGAGUAUUGGAAAUUUUGUAUAGCUUUAGUCUCAAAGCUGUAUCCAGCAGGUUGGAAGUUGCUAUUGUCAUAAAAAAAUAGGAGGCAUAGAAGAAGAGACGGGUCUUGUUAAAUUGCGGGAGGCUAAACAAAGAGGGGUGACAUCUUGCCGUUUUUUUGAGGCAAGUCAUCUCAGGUUAUAUAAAUAGUGAAAGGGUGCUGAAGGGUUUCACUCCAGAAGAAUACACAGAGAAAAUAUGAGGUUCUGACGGGGUUUGGUGGCAGGCAUACAAUGUUGUUUCGUGCCUAUUAAUUUUCAUAUGUACAUGUACAUUUAUGCAGUUUAUGCAUAAGUUAAAUUUUGAACCCCCAAUAACAGUUUUCUCAUCGAAGUGCUGAGCAUAUUUCAACGAGUUAGAAAUUCCAUUAUUAGAAGCAAUUGAUCCUCUUGAGAAUGAUGACCCAAGCUGAAAUGCCACAAUCAGUGCAUAUGGUUAAUGGCAUUUUUCAUAUGAAAUUUGCUUCA